AUGCUCCACUACCGCACACAAGGGUUCAACGGUUGCGCCGUCAAGUACUCCCCUUUCUUCGACAACAGGCUCGCAGUUGCAAGCUCAUCGAACUUUGGUCUUGUGGGAAAUGGCCGUCUUCACAUCCUUGAGCUGACUGCGAACGGAAUUCAGCCUUUAAAAUUUUUCACCACACAAGAUUCACUCUAUGACCUUGCAUGGUCCGAACUCCACGAAAACCAAGUCCUCGCCGCCUCGGGCGACGGCAGCAUAAAGCUCUUCGACUGCACGGCAAACGACUUCCCGAUCCAAAACUGGAAAGAGCAUGCGCGCGAGGUAUUCAGUGUCAACUGGAAUCCAGUAGCGAAGGAUCGUUUCUGCUCAAGUAGUUGGGAUGGCACAGUCCGCAUCUGGUCGCCUCAUCGCCCGCAAUCCCUCCUCACUCUCCCAACCCACAGCUGCACCUACUCCGCCUCAUUCUGUCCGCAUAACCCAGACCUCAUUUCAUGCGUGACUUCAGACUCAUAUGUGCGCGUGUUCGAUCUCCGCACUCCCGCCUCCGCCUCAAACCACCUCGUCACUCAGAUCCCCAUUCAUGCGGCUCCUGCUGCGCCCGCUAUCCCCGGUCAACCUGGCGGUCCUGCCCCACCGGCUGAGGCGCUCACGCAUGAUUGGAAUAAGUACCGCCCUACUGUUCUUGCUACAGCGGGUGUUGAUCGCGCUAUCCGUACAUUUGAUAUCCGUGCGCCGCAACAAGGGCCGCUGUGUACUAUGCUUGGGCAUGAAUACGCCGUUCGAAAAGUGGCGUGGUCCCCACACCUAUCUAAUGUUCUUUUGAGUGCCAGUUAUGAUAUGACAUGCCGCGUGUGGAAUGAUCGCUCUGAUACAAACCCUGCGGGGGAUAUGGAUAUGAUGCGUGGUGGUCCCGCUGGGCCUGUGGUUGGCGCAGAGCUGGGGCGCAUGGGCAGGCACACCGAGUUCGUGACUGGAGUAGACUGGUGCUUGUUUGGAAACGAAGGCUGGUGUGCUAGCGUUGGUUGGGAUGAGAGCUUAUAUGUUUGGGAUGUACGAGCGGCGAUGGCAUAG